GCUGCCGGAAGCAACUUGCGACGGGCUUGAAUCUCACUCCGGCUACCACAGCACGUUCUUUGACUCUCGUCAGGAGCUUCAGCAUCUGUCCUCACGCUCGGUUCCUUUGCCAAAAUUCGAGACAGGCACCCCGUCCGCUCAGCGUGGCAUUGCCCAGAUCACCUCAGCGCCAAGUCUUGCGACCAGACCCGGUCAGGAACAUGUCCACCGGCACCAAGUCUGCCAAGGCCUCGGAGCCCAUCAUUCAUGAUGUAUUCGAACACGACACUGGCACAUGGCAGUAUGUCGUAGCAGAUCCCUCCACGAAAACUGCUGCAAUCAUCGACCCGGUCUUGGACUUUGAUCGCGCAACUCAGGGCCUCACUACGCGCACCGCCGACGCUCUAUUGGCGUUGGUCAAGGAAAACGGAUAUCGAGUGGACUGGAUUCUGGAGACCCAUGUCCAUGCCGACCAUCUCACAGCGGCAUCGUACCUACAGAGCCGCCUUGCUCGGGAGCAGGGAUACAGUCCAUCCAUCGCCAUUGGCAGACGCAUCGGCCAAGUGCAGCGGUUAUUUGGCAAGCGAUACGGUGUUCCAGAGGACCAAUACGGAGUCGUUUUUGACCAUCUCAUGGACGAUGACGAGACAUUCGACAUUGGCAAUCUAAGCGCGACGGCGAUGCAUCUUCCUGGCCACACUCCUGACCACAUGGGCUACAAGAUUGGAGACAACGUGUUUUGUGGCGACUCUGUCUUCCACGCCGAUAUUGGCACUGCUCGGUGCGAUUUCCCCGGCGGCAGCGCGGAUAGCCUAUUCGCCUCGGGGCGUAGGCUACUCAGUCUGCCAAGCCACGUCAAAAUAUGGACCGGCCACGAUUAUCCCCCGCCGGACCGUGGCUCUCCCAGGGCGUACAUGACCGUUCAGGAGCACAGAGAGCAGAACAAACAUCUCAAGGAUGGCGUUACAGCCGAAGAGUUUGUCGCCAUGCGCAAUGAACGCGACGCGAAACUGGCAGCGCCGCGGAUGCUGCAUCAAUCUCUGCAGAUCAACAUCCGUGGAGGACGGCUGCCAACGCCGACUGAUGAAGGUGAUCGAAUGUUACGAUUGCCACUUGAUUUGAAAGGCAAAGAAUGGUAGGCGGCAAGAUGGAGAUGGCCCUGGGGCUGGCAGCCCUUGUUGC